AAACUAUCCUCCCUCCUCUCCAUCGCCCUUCGCUUCGCCACCACUGUCAGCACCACCAUCCACACAGCCUCCUCUCUCCAACCCUUGAUUCGUCAUCGUCAUCAUCAGCAACAGUAGGAGGAGGAUGGGGAGGAGUAGGAGGAGCAGGAGGAGGAAGGGGGGGUCAUGGGGUGGAGGGUAGAACCAGUGGAGGCGAGCUCUCUGAUUACGCGUACGGGGAUGCCACGUCAGAUGCCAAGGGGCGGGCGGCGCGGGCGGCAUUCCGUCGGCAGUUAGCGGCAGAGGAGCUACAGCAUGGAUUGGAGGAGGAGGGGUUUGUUGAAGAGAUGAGGGCCUCACACACUGCCUUCACAGCUUCUCUCCGGGCCGCCACUGCUGCCAUCGCAUCUGCCCUCCGAGACCAUCCUCUGCUGCUCUCUCUGCACCUCGCCCUCUCCGCCGUUGUCAAAGGCCUUCCUUGA